GGUGCUUCUGCGCAUGCACACAACCUCAAAUGUAAACAAAGAGGAAAGCGCACCCCCGGCAACAGUCCUGCCUAAACAUUAAACACUGCUCUUCUACCGGCCUUUUUGUUCGAUCAAAACAUGGAUGGGAUAUUUUCAUGUCGGGCCAGUAUUUAUUAUGACCAAGGCGGUAGGAAAUACAUGGAGGACUUAAUGACGAUGAAGCAGGAGGAUGAGCCGAGAGAAGACGAACUGGACGCCGCCGAACGUGUCGAGAUCACGGCACCAGCACAGGACCAAAACCCCGACGCUUCAAUCCAAGACUGCAUUCCCGGAUCCAUCACUGUAACUUAUGUUCAAGAUGAUGACCCUAGCUCUGCUCUUCAGCAGGCGUCGAUACACUCCUCUCACCCGUGCAAAAACACUCGUCGGCCGCGGGCUGUGGCUAUGUUCGCCGUGUUCGACGGACACGGAGGUCCGGACGCCGCGCGCUUUGCCCGCCGCCAUUUGUGGGACCACAUUAAAAAACAAAGAGGCUUUUGGUCUGAGGACGACAACGAGGUGUGCGCGGCUCUGCGAAACGGAUUCAUCUUUUGUCACCACGCCAUGUGGAAGAAAUUACCGGAAUGGCCAAAGACGGUUACAGGACUUCCCAGCACAUCGGGCACAACUGCAAGUAUUGUCGUAAUACGACGUGACCGUAUGUAUGUUGCCCAUGUUGGGGACUCAGCGGUUGUGUUAGGGGUCCGGGAUCACCCCUCUGAUGAGUUCAUCCGAGCUGUAGAAAUUACACAGGACCACAAACCUGACCUCCCGAAGGAAAGGGAGAGAAUAGAGGGGCUCGGUGGCAGUGUCAUUAAAAAGUCUGGAGUCAAUAGGGUGGUGUGGAAGAGACCCAGAAUGACCCACAAUGGACCAGUAAGAAGGAGCACAGUCAUCGAUCAGAUCCCAUUUUUGGCUGUGGCCCGAGCUCUUGGUGAUCUGUGGAGUUACGACUUCUCCAGUGGAGAGUUUGUAGUGUCACCAGAGCCUGAUACCGCUGUUAUCAAGCUGGAUUUGAAGCAGCACCGUUACAUCAUUUUAGGCAGUGAUGGGUUAUGGAACAUGGUAUCACCACAGGAGGCUGUGUCUAUUUGCCAGGAAAAUGACAAUGCCAAGCCAAAGAACCAAAAUGAAAAUGUUUCAAAUGCUGUUCUGCUCGUGAACCAUGCCUUACUGCGAUGGCGUCAACGCAUGCUCCGUGCUGAUAAUACUAGUGCCAUUGUUGUCUGUUUGGAGCCGUUCGGGACAUCCUCUGAGUGCUUGCCAACUUACGAGACUGUGUAUAAUCUACAAGGACCAAAGUGUGGCUCCGUUCCUAAAUCUUGCACUAACUCUUUGCCCACUCAGGGUCCUGACACUCAAGUACAUUCCGUCCCGGAGCAGCGAAACGGCAGCUGUGAGAUGAGCAUGAUAUUUGAAUCUUCUGCUGAUAGCCUUACAAACUAUGAAGACAUGCCUUAUAAUGACUCACUGGAAAAUGAGGCCCACUGUGACAGAGUGCCUACUGGUAAACGGGUGUUAGAAGAUUCCUCCUCACCUGUGCUGAAGAAACCCCGUUGUAGUUUAUCCCAUUCCCCUGUUAAAGUGUCCUCGUGUACAUCUUCAAAGAAAUUGAGCACACAGUCCUCUGCGAAGAGCGGUGGUGGCAGCAAUGGUCAGAAACAGACUGAAAAUGUCCAAUCGCUGCUUCAACAGCAUGGGACGGCUACUGUAUGUGUUUGCUGACAUUCAUCGUCCUAAUACAAUGCAAUCUGUACACUUAUGCUAGACAGUCAGACUCUGAUAUUACUUGAUAUAAGCUAUUGAGAAACCAAAAUCCUGAAGCAAUGUCAGAAGAAACAAACAAAAAAAAAAUCACUCACUUCCAUUCACUACACUCAUAUUUUAGUCUAUGUUAGUGUUAUAUUGUUAUACUUUAUAUUUUGCAGACUAAUGAAAAUGUGUUUUGAUUUUUAGUAUAAUUUUUUAAAUGAUGAAUAAGAAAAAAAAAAAAAAAGAAAUUCUAUCUUCCGAGAAGAUAUUUCCCUACAGCGUACACGUCGCCUGUUUCAAAAAGAUGUCAGAAGUUUUUUUUUUUCUGAACAAGGAGAAUGGUGCAUCAUUUCUAGUGUUCACUGCUAUCUUUACCCUGUUUCAUAAGGUUUAACAAUGUAUUUAAGCAUGAACUUUAUGGAUUUUAAACAUUAUGGUUAUUUUAAUGUUUUAAGGAUUUCAUUAACAAUGUUGUUUUUUUUCCUUGAUGGUAGAAACUGUCAUUCCAAUCUAAAGGUGCUGCUAUGCAAAACAGGUCAAUAAAAAUUUUGAAAACUA